AUGUGGAAAUUCUUCGAAUUGGAUCAUAUCCUGCCUAUCCUGUUAAAUAUGCAAGUUGAACUUCCUUUCAACUCUGAAAAUAUUGGAAAAAUGUUAGCAAAAACAAAUAAGAAAAUUAAGGAAGUAUUUUAUGUAGGAGAUGUUCCAAUUAUCACGAAAGAAUUUGUAGAGAACACUCCUCAAUUGGAAAAACUGUACAUAGAAGGAAGCAUAUCUGUGAAAUAUAUCUCGAAUAUUAACAAUUGGAAAGAACUCAAGACCUUUAAAACAUGUUUUAAUGACUACAUUUGGAAUCACCAAAAAGAAGUCGAAAAUUUAGAGUUCUUCAAAUCUCUCUCGAAGUGCAAUAAUUUGACAUCAUUAGCAUUUGAAAAUGAGGACAUAUCAAGCUGGGAAUUUAAGGAGCUUUUCAACAAAUUGCCAAAUUUGACCGAAUUACAAUUGGUUCAAAUAGAAACGGAUCUUUCAAUGUUUCAAACAAUAGGAUCAUUUACCAAUCUCAAAAAUCUUUCGUGUAAUUGGAGUGCGAAAGAUUCAAUACCAUUCAUUUCACCUCUUCGAAAAUUGGAACGACUUCAAAUUGCUGAAGUUACAGACUCAAAUGUUUCGUUCAUUUGUGAGCUUCCACGCAUCAAAGAGCUUGAAAUACUUGGUUCUCCAGAGCUCACAGAUGUUGGUGCACUGAAAAUAGCUAAUCUUAAAGAACUGGAGUCCAUUCGAUUUGAAGGCUAUCAAUGUACUCACCAUCUUGUUGAGGAAAUUUGCAACUCUUGCACUAAACUCAAGAAAGUUGCAAUCUUACUUUCGCUUCCGUUGCGUGCCAGUACAAAUUUUAAAGAUGAAUUUGAUCAAGAUAAUGACCAGCACGGAAUAAGCCUUGCAUUUCCACAUACUUGUUCGAAAAUUCUUAGAUCAAUGGACAAGCAUAAUCCAUUCCAAUUUGACAAAUUUAUUCAAUUUUAUUGUCUUGGCAUACGAAAUGGACGUUUUGAAAAAUUGCAAGAGCAAUUCAUCAAUAUUGAAAACGAUGAUUUGAGUGAAGUUUUGCCAAUUGUGUUUUAUUUGAAUUUUCCAGAGUUGACUUUUCUUGAACACUUAAAAUUUGAGAGAGAUUUAGUACUAAUGGAACGUAAAUUCCGAAGGUUAUUUAAAGUUAACAGAAAUGAAUAUGAAGACUUCUUUUUUAAAAUUGACAGAAUUAUUGAAAUGGUUUCAGCUUUCAUAAAUAUAAUCAAGAAAAAGGUAAACGUAGAGGAAUUAUCACAGGGUACAGAAAAAAUCAUUAGUGUUGACACGUUGAAUAUUCCAGUUUCUAGUCUCCUUUCAGUGGUAUCGGAUGUAGACAGGGUUAUAAAUCAGUGCAUGAGAAUAUUUCAUUGGAAAGCUUACUAUGAAACCUAUUUUGAGGAACAAUACUUGAAAAUACCAAAUGAGCUUGUACUUGUUUCUAAAAAGUAUACCGAUUGUGAGAGAAUUAUUUCAAUACUGAAAAGUGAUAAUGAUUAUUUUCUUGGCUCUAUUGAAGAGCUUUACCAAUUAUUUUCAACUAUUGAUUGCUACUAUUGUGACAAGCUUGCAGCAAUAAUUUGUUUCAGUUUUUUCAGACAGAAAAAGGAUUGUUAUGAAAUGUCAAGCAAUAAUGUUUUAAAGGAGAAACUUUUAAGAUAUUUAGUGUAUUAUGGAAUGCAUAAUGUACCUACAAUAGUGACAGACUGUGGUGAAACUCUCCUAAACGAUGAGGAAAUUGUUAGACGAUUGAUUUAUUCAACUCCUGACGCCUACUCGUUAAUCGAUGAGAAAUUUCAAAAGGAUGCUACAAUUGUUGCAACAUGCAUUUAUCAAAGCGUUCAAUCUAUAAGUGGAGUAUCAAAUGUUCCUAUUGGACAGAAAUUAGUAGUUGACUUUUUUACAAACAAUCUUGACGAGUUCUACUAUGCUAUGGAAACUAUUUCUUCAAGGGAGUUAUAUGUAAUUAACUCAAUUAUUUCUUCAUUUGUGGAACUAUCACAUCCAACUCUUUCCAAGAAGAUUCACUUUUUCUAUGAAAAGAGAUUCUUGAAAGCAUGGUAUUUGCUGACUGAAAAAGAAUGGAAAACAAGUUAUUUUUCAUCUCAAAAGAGAAGAUUUAUUGCAAUGUUAAGAACUGGUUUUGAACCGAUUGACCUUUAUAAGAGAGAAAUUUUAAAGGAUGAUAUUUCCACCAUUGAUAGUCUUUCAGAGAUAAUUGGAAUUCGACUCUAA